AUGGCGUGCACUCUCUCAUCCACCGCCACCCUCUUCGCCGAGUCUUCCUCGUCCGCAUGCCGGAAUACGAUCACCAUCCCGCUGAACAUGACCCCCGCACGGACAUUCAAGAGAUCUCUGUCGCGCGCCUCCCCCCGCGCCGCUCCCUCACCCGCACCGCGAGCGUCGUCUGGCGCGGAGUCCGUGCCCCCCCACAUCUCGCUCGCGACAUGGCACAUGUCGUCCUACUACGAGUCCUUCCCGUGCGCGAUCCCCUCCGAUCAGCUGCUCGCCUGCCUCCAGGGCUCCCCGUCCUCGACGCCGUCCUCCCCCGCGUCGCCGCGCCAGUUCGGGCUGCCGCCGUCGACGGACGACGUGCUGCUCUCGCCGCGGGGACUGAAGGGCAAGGGCGUCGCGCUCGGGGCGGACGAGGACGAGGAGAUGGAGGACGCCCCGAGGACACGCGCGAAGCAGCAGCUCUCGCCCAUCGGCGCGCAGCGGCCCAGCUUCGAGCCCACGUCCCGCCCGAGUCCGACAGGCACCUUCCCCACCGUCCAGAUUCAGUUGCCAGGACGGCCGGGCCCCGGCCCGGUCCGACGACCCUCCCCUCCCGCCUCCCGCGCUUCUGCCCCCUUCCCCGCCCCCAAGGCUGCAGCAGUCUCUGCCGCCCCGCCAGGAUGCCGUCCGCACACCGUCUCCUCCGUCUCACCCUCGUCUAGUCCGCUCGCGGCCGAGCGCCAGCCGGCUCCCUUUCUGCCGCCUGGUCUGCGGUCACCAGAUGCGCCGCACGUGACCGCGGACGGCUUUCGCGUGCAACGUCCGCCACAUGUACCGAGGGGCGAUGAGCAGGCGAGCGACCUUGACGCGUUCGAGCGUCGCUUCGUCGCCUUGCCUCGCGACCGUGCCAGCAUCCCCACCGCCCGCCGCAGGCGGGGGCCUUACGCGCGCAAGAUCAAGGAGCACGAAUCAACCGGCCCUGGCACGCAGUUUGGGCCGCUCCCCUGUGCCUCCUUCUACACCGUCGACUGCCGCUGUGGGUACUGUGCGCGGCGCCGAAGGGCGGGCGCGCUCCUCCAGGCGCGCAUGACUCACACUGUCAUCGGCCGCCGCUUCGCAGAGCUCCGGCACGACGACGCCCAGUGGCAGUAUGAGGAGCCCAAGGGCCGCAUCCGAGCUCUCCACGCCGGGCUCCUUAUCAAGAAGCAGCGCGUCGCCGGCGGGUGGCCGUGA